GAAAUAAUAAUGAAAUAAUAAUGAAAUAAUAAUGAAAUAAUAAUGAAAUAAUAAUGAAAUAAUAAUGAAAUAACAAUAAAAUAACAAUAAAAUAAUAAUAAAAUAAAAACUAAUAAAAAGUUAGGAAAGUGCAACAAAGCGUAGUACAGCCUUACGUCCAUGCGUGCAUAACUACAAACACGACAAUGUAAAAACUAACAUUGAUUUUUGAAAAUUAAAGGAAUACAGAUAUAUGUGUAUAUGCUUGUACUUAUGCGUGCAAGUACAUGUGCAUGUCAUAGGUUUUAUCCGUGUGCGCAUGAAGACACUUGUGUGCGUGUACAGCUUGAAAUGAAGGAUUAGCACAUUUUCACCUAACGACGAAAUCAAAUGAGGACAGCAGCGCGCGAGUGGUAAUUCGCACAGGAGAGAAAAACACCAGCACAUAGUUUGAUGCGUCCCGUCUGUGAAGAGGAACCCCCGGUGAAGAAGAACUCCCGGUGAAGAGGCACACCUGGUGAAGAGGCACACCUGGUGAAGAGGCACAUGUAUUUUUGCUCACGCACAUGUACCUCUGUGCAAGCAAAUGCUUAAAUGUACACAACUGGAAGAGAAAGCUAUCCCCAUAAAAAAUGAGACCUAAAUACAUGCAGCCUGCGCAAGGACAAACAGAAAAAAAGAAAGGUGGUUCCAUAUUCAUAUUCAUCGUGUUCUUCAUACUAACCUUCAUAUACAUAGGGUACACGGGAAUCGUCCUGCGGUCUUGGUUCAUCCCGUACAGGAGUGGCUCCUUCACAAUAGCCGCCUUGUUCCACGUCUUUUUUUUUUUGUUUUUGCUAAGUUUUAUAAAAUGCGCCUCGACGGACCCCGGGAAGGUCCCGCGCAACUGGGGCUUCUACAUUGGCGACGACACGUUCUACUACAUUUUCAUUGACAAUGCAAACGCAUAUAUAGAGGAUGGGUUCCACGACAAAUCUUCCUUUGUGGCUCUGGAAUACACGUAUGCCUCCAUUGUUUUAUUUUUAACGUUCGUUUUGAUUUUCGCGUUGGUCCCCUUCACCAAGUUUCACUUGAAAUUGAUUUCCAAAAACUCCACCACCAUCGAGAACAUGGACAUAUACAACCAGGACUACAACAUGUACAACGUGGGCUGCGAGGACAACGCGAAGCAGGUGUUCGGAAACAACAUCUUGUGCUGGAUGUGUCCUUUCCACUGCAUUUCGAAUCGACCCGCAGGGGACGGGGUGCGCUGGAGAGUCAGCGUGGCGCACGAGAAUAUGAUCUGA